AUCAAAGGCCCCAUCGACCGUCCUCCCCCUCCCGCACGUUGUGAGAGCAGUUACCGACUUACCGUAUAAAAGAAAAAGAAAAAGAUAGGAAAAAAAGGGUUUAGGGUUUUCUUUUUUGUUUUUGCGCGAAGAUUUGUAUGGCGACUUGGAAGCUUGUGAUAGCCUUGAUCGUGUUAUCGUCAGUGGUAGUUGUAGUGUGGGCCGACGGGCGGAUCGAGGUCGAGAUCGCCGGCACCGAGGCCCCCGAUUCGACGCUGAGGCUGGAACUAGAGCAGCUCAGAACCAAGAUCUCUGCCCUAGAAUCUAGUAUCUCAUAUCAAACCCGCGAAGUGAAAAGCAAGGAUGAGAGCAUCGCACAGUUGGAAAAGACUAUUCAAGAAAGGUCAACAAGCAUUGCCUCACUGCAAAGCGAGAUAGAAUCACUUCAGACUAAGGGCUCUGUUGAUGUGGAGGAUCUAGUAGGGAAGGCCUCUGCUCGAGCUGUUGAACUUGAGAAGCAAGUUCAGAAACUUAGAAAUGAGAUUGAAUCACAAUCUAGGAAAAGAGAUGCAUUAGAGGCUCGGGCUAGUGAAGCAGAGAAGAAGGUGCAAGAAUUGAAUUUGAAACUAGAAAGUCUCCAAAAAACCGGUAAUGAGCAAAAGCGCAGAAUUCAGAAAACUGAACGUGCUCUUCAUCUGGCAGAGGAAGAGUUGCUGAGGGCACAGUUAGAAGCAACAACAAAAUCAAAACAGUUGACAGAUGUCCAUGGAGCAUGGCUGCCACCCUGGUUUGCAUACCAUAUAAGUCAUUGUCAGGAGCUUGUAAUGACUCACUGGAAGGAGCAUGCAAAACCAGCACUGGAUGUUUUCCUGCAAAAGGCAUCAGAUAAAUCAGUACAAGCGAAAAAAUGGGCUGAACCCCAUUUGGAAACUGCUAAGACAAAAUGGAUCCCUGCUGUCAAACAACAGUGGAUGAUCUUUCUAACCCAUGCUGAACCAUACAUGCGAACAAUAUCUAUUAAAACUGUUGAGGUAUAUGAGGCAUCCAAGAGUACCAUCACACCGCAUAUUCUCAAAAUACAAGAGCUGGCAGAUCCCUAUUACCAGGAAGCCAAGAAGUUCUCUAAACCCUACAUUGAUCAAGUUGCUACUAUCACCAAACCGCAUGUUGAAAAAGUGCGAGUUGUUCUGAAGCCCUAUAGAAAGCGUGUUGUUCGUGCUUAUGGAAAAUUUCUUAAAUCAGCAACAACAUAUCACCGGCAGGUUCAAGCUGCUGUCCAGGAACAGCUAAAGAAGCACGAAUUAACAAAACCUGUUGCAACUGAGGAGUUGGUGCGGUUUGUGGCUUCUGCUUUAUUGGCAUUACCAGUAUUCUUUUUGUACAGACUCCUAUCAGAUAUGUUCUGCAGUAAGAAGACAAGGAAACCAGCACGGAAUGCCCAUGCAAACCAUGCACAUCGUAGGCCUAAGCGCAGGCAUGCUGACAAGUAGCAGUAGAUUUAUAAAAAAAUAUAAACUUCAUCUUUCCAAUGUUUAUAUGCAAUGAUCAUUCAAUCAAUCAUAAGGAUGAUAUACAUUGAUAUGCAAUUUUAUUGUUAUGGUUUUGGCGGCAAUCCUUUUGACAGUUAUUCUCUUCUUUCAUAAUGGUAUAGGUUUCAUCUUGGCGUUUGACAAUUAGCUGUUUACUGUUUGGAGCACCAGAGCUUUGUUGGCAGUAGAAGAUAGUUUUGGGUUUGAAGGAACCCUGCGCGAAAUUUUUAGAACAUCCAACGCCAACAAUACAUCCUUUUGUCGUACAAUUGCUUGUGCGUUUGUUGCAUCGGCACUUGUAUAUGUUUUAUAAAGAUGUAUUCUUUCUUCUCACAUUCGUUACGCUGACUCUUGUGUUUUGAUCCAUGUAACGUACCUAGUGCCAAAAACUAAAGUUGCUUUGGUGUAGGACUGGUCUCUACUCGGUGCUCUGCCUAGAGUUAAAAUUUGUCUAUGCUUGGAAAGACAACAAGAAUCCUUUAUAUAUCCGUUAUUGUCAAAAUAUAUCACCAUCGCAACGUGCCUGACCAUCUGUAUUUCUUUUACCGUGUGCAAGCAAACUUGGUCGGCCAGCAUGCAGUGGAUACCGGGUACAAUAAAUUAUUUGAUUUCAUCUAUCAAUGAUAUCUUUUUAUCGUUGAAAACA